AAGUGAAACUAGGUUGAGAGGCUAUAAAAAGACAAGAACAUGAGAUGCAUUGUCAUCCCAGACACAGAAGGCAAGCAUAGACUGCAGCAAGGAUGGCAGUGUUGCCAAUGGAAGAACCCAUGUGCCUGAUAGGAAACAAGGAAGGUGAAGAUCUAAUCGUUAACCAGGAGGCCUUACAGAUCUUAUUGAAAAUCACUCAGCCUGUGGUGGUUGUGGCGAUUGUUGGGAAAUAUCGAACUGGGAAAUCCUAUCUUAUGAACAAGCUCGCCGGAGCCAGGAAUGGGUUUGCACUUGGAUCAACUGUCCAGUCGAAGACUAAAGGGAUCUGGAUGUGGUGCGUGCCUCACCCUACUAAACAAGGCAAUACCCUAGUUCUGUUGGACACAGAGGGACUGGGGGAUGUGGAGAAGGGAGACAGCAAGAAUGAUGCCUGGAUCUUCUCCCUGGCUAUCUUACUCAGCAGCACUCUGGUGUACAACAGCAUGGGGACCAUUGACCAACAAGCCAUGGACAAUCUGCAUUAUGUGACAGAACUAACAGAGCUCAUAAAAGUGAAAUCAGACGAAGCACAAGCAACGGAAGAAGAAGACGAUGAGUCUGGAGAAUUCAAAAGGUUCUUCCCAUCAUUCAUUUGGUGUGUGAGGGACUUUACACUAAAGUUAGAGAAGAAUGGCUCCCCAAUCACUGAGGAUCAGUAUUUACUAGAUGCACUGGAACUAAAGAAAGGUGUUGGCAAAAAGGUGCAAGACUACAACCUGCCCCGUCAGUGCAUUCGGCAUUACUUUCAUUCGCACAAAUGCUUUGUGUUUGACCGGCCAGCUUCAACAUUGGCUCUCCAGAGACUGGAGGAACUACAAGAAUCAGAAUUAGAGCCUAAAUUUGUAGAGAAAGCAGCAGAGUUUUGUUCUUGUAUAUAUGGGAAAAGCAAUGCUAAAACUCUAGUGGGCGGCUACACAGUGACUGGGAGAUUGCUGGGCAAUCUGGCCGUGUCCUACACAGAGGCAAUACGGAGCGGUUCCAUCCCCUGUAUGGAGAAUGCAGUCAUUGCCCUGGCACAGAUUGAGAAUUCUAGAGCCGUGCAGGAAGCUCUGACCAAGUAUGAGGAAGAGAUGAGCAAGCAAAUUGCCAAAUUCCCUACAGAGACCCAGGAAGAGUUUCUCAGUAUUCACCAGGAGUGUGAAAAAGAAGCAACGCAGGUCUUUAUGGGCCUGUCCUUCAAGGAUGAGAAUGGGCAAUAUCAGAAACAGCUCAUCGAUGAACUGGCAGAAAAAAAGUCCAAAUAUUCUCUAUACAAUGAAGAGGAAUCUGCCAAGAAGUGCAAAGCCAUUCUACAGAAACUGAGCGAGAAUCUGGAGAGAGAAAUAUUAAAUGGAAAAUUCUCCAAACCUGGCGGAUAUACACAGUUUAUUUCAGAGAAGAACUUGCUGGUGGAUGAAUACAAUAGAACCAAAGGCAAAGGAGUCAAAGCUCUAGAAAUACUACAGGAAUUUCUCAAUGAAAAGGAAAAUGUAGAAGCUGCAAUACUACAGGCAGAUCAGUCCCUUACGCAUAAGGAGAAGGAAAUAGCAGAACAGAGAGCCCGGACAGAAACUGCUGAGAGGGAAAAGCAAAUAGUGGAGGAGAAUAACAGACGGUUAGAGAAAGACAUAGAAGCUCAGAAGAAAAGCCUGGAAGAACAUAAGAAAAUGAUGGAGGAGAAGAUGGAAGAGGAGAGAAAGAAGUUGAUGGAGCAAAAUGAAUGGAUGAUAAAGGAGAAGCUAAAGGAACAAGAAGAGAUGCUAAAAAAAGGAUUCCAUAAAGAGUCUGAAAUGCUGAAAAAUCAAAUCGAAGACAUAAAGCGAAAAAAUUCUGCGGCUGCCGAGAGGUCUCUGCUUGGGGACAUUCUCUCUGUUAUUUUUCUGCCCAUUGGUCUAGCAGCCAGAGAAUUGGGAAAAGGAUUGGAAAGAGGAUUGGGAAGAGGAUUGGAAAGAGGAUUGGGAAAAGGACCGGUUUGGAGAUGCUGAAUAGUCGAUCACUGAUCAGAAGAGAUAUAAUGGGGAGAUACACAAUUCACUAAGGGCAAAAAACGUGCUUGUUUGCUUAUUCUGCUCAUAAGGGCUGAAAUUGUAAUUGGUAUACGUGGCUGUAAAAGACUAUGCACAGCGCCUCUCUAUAACUGCUUUUCCUAGCUUCCACAGAAUACAGUGUUUAUUAAAUGAAAGUGCUGAAUAUUGGUGCAAUUUACCCUAUUUUCUACCCCAAAUGCAACAUUUUCUCCAUAAUUCUGUACAAAAAGAUAACAGUAUUAUAAUACACGAGCCAUGAAUGUCCUGUUAAUUAUAUCCUUAUAAAAGGUGCUUAGUGAUGUCAUCAGUUAUAAUCGGUGCUUAGUGAUGUAAUUCCUGUCACAUGACUAACUGAAACUUGUAUACUUUAAUAAAUAAUGUACCCCCUGCUGUAAAAUGAGGAUAUUAGAAGUCACCUCUGAGUUCCAUGACCUGUAUAAAAGCACUCGGCCUUCGAUCUCGUCCCUUUAUAUGGACAUGGAACUCCUCGGUUACUUAUAAUAUUCUUAUUCACUAUAUAUUGCAUGGGCAUACAGUAAGUAACAACAUGUUUGUGUGUUUACUGCAGCAUUCCUAGUUAUUCAUUUCUUUCUGAAAUUUUCUAAAGAUUGAUAUAUGUCAGUUUAUAGAUGUAAUCAACUCGGCACCAGUGACAAUUUUGUCACACAUUUAAUUUUUCUGCAGCAAAUUUUUGCCCCAGUUUCACGAAAAAUUCCCCAAAUGCCAAAACGUGGAAAUUUGCCGUGAAUCCAUGUCUGCCAAAAAAAUUCGCUCAUCCUUACUCAGCACCGAAACCCAUUAUUGUUCUGAUUGAUAUUUAGCAUGAUCAAUUGCAAUGAUCAGUCAAUUCCCCCAAAGUUGUAAAUAUCUAAUUUAUUAAAAAAAAAUGAUGCGCAACAAUUUUUUUUGAAGCGGGCGACAAUUUGGUCGCACAUUGAUUUUUUUUUUCCGCAGCGAAUUCCUCAAAUGCCGAAACAUGGAAAUUCACCGUGAAUCCAUGUCUGCCGAAAAAUUUUGCUCAGCACCCAAACCCAUUAUUUACAUUAGUGAGUCUCUACUGCUCCAAUUAAUUGGGAAUGUAUUCCUCUCUAAAGGCCCAAGAUACACCUUAAUGAAAUACCAGUUAGCAGCCUGGAUUGUACUUCUGCAUUGUGAUUACUACUGCAUAACCGUGGGAAUCAUUUGUCUUGGCCAAUAAAACCAGUUCAGUUUGCUGCAA